AUGCUGGAGCUCACCUCGCGCUCCUUCUCCUCGGUCAUCCAGCAGCUGGAGGGCAGCCUGCGCGACGCGGUGUGCGUCUUCUACCUGGUCCUGCGCGGCCUGGACACCAUCGAGGACGAUCCCACCCUGUCGGUGGACCGGAAGAUCCCCCUCCUGCGGGACUUCUACAACCUCAUCGAGAAGGAGGGCUGGACCUUCACCGAGAAUGGCCCGGACGAGAAGGACCGCCACCUGUUGGUCCGCUUCGACAAUGUCAUCGCCUUCUACCGGAGCCUGGAAAUGCACUACCGCAAUGUCAUCUCGGACAUCACGCGCGACAUGGGCGCCGGCAUGGCCAAGUUCUGCAACCGGUCCAUGCAGGACGUCAACUCCGUGGCCGAGUGGGAGGAGUAUUGCCACUAUGUGGCCGGCCUGGUGGGCAUCGGCCUGACCCAGCUCUUCGUGCAGUCCGGCCUGGAGACGGCCCUGGAGCUCAAUGGCGACACCCGGCUCUCCAACAGCAUGGGGCUCUUCCUGCAGAAGGUCAACAUCAUCCGCGACUAUCGCGAGGAUGUCGACGUCAACCGGGUGUUCUGGCCGCGCGAGGUGUGGUCCCUGUACGCCGAGUCCAUCGGGGACUUCCGCGCCACCCAGGCCCGGAACCCGGCCCGCCAGUGCCUCAACCACCUGAUCACCGACGCCCUCAAGCAUGUGCCGGAUGUCUUCCACUACCUGAGCCUCCUGUCCAACCGCAGCAUCUUCCAGUUCUGUGCCAUCCCCCAGGUCAUGGCCAUCGCCACGCUGGCCCUGUGCUACGACAAUGGCCAGGUGUUCGAGCAGAAUGUCAAGAUCCGCAAGGGCCUGGCCGUGCGCAUGAUCAUCGACUCGGUGGACAUGGCCUCGGUUGAGCGCAUCUUCGCCCAGCAGCUGGCCAUCCUGGCUGCCAAGAUCAUCCCCGCCUCGGCCGACGUCCCGGUCCAUGCCACCAAGCAGGCCCUGCAGAAGGCCAUCCCCCUGCUCAAGGAGCAUGCCCCCAUGGUGGAGGCCGCCCUGAAGGGGGAGCGCUCGGCCGCCAGCCAGUUCUCGGUUCUGGUUCGCAUCUUGGCCCUGGGCGCCCUGUUCCUGGCUCUCUUCUGUGUCACGCAGUGA